AUGUCUAAAGUCAACACGCUCGUGUUGGACGCGGGCCCUUUGAUCACCCAGUCAGCAUCAACCUUGCAGCAGCAUGCUGAGAAUUUCUUCACAACUCCAGGAGUCUUUAACGAGCUGAGAGAUGAGCAUGCUCGAAGACAAACUACUUUAUGGGGCGAAUUAUUAACAGUAAGACAACCCAAAUCGGAUGCAAUCAAAGCAGUGGCUGAUUUCGCUAAACUCACUGGUGACCAUGUGGUGUUAUCACAAAAUGAUAUUCAUAUCUUAGCUCUUGCGUAUGAACUUGAAUGUGAAUUAAAUAACGGUCCUUGGAGACUGAGAUCGUAUCCAGGAGAGAAAAAAGAACGUCAAAAGAAGCAGAAUCGGAAGGAAGGAUAUGAAACUAGGGAUUUAGGGUUCAUAUCUGAGAAAGAAAAUACGCAGGCAUCACUAGAAAACUUGGUGGUCUCGAAUACAAUUGAGAAGACAAAAAAGAAAAUAAGAAGAGGUGGAAAACGGCACAGAAGGAAACCGAUCAACAGCGGAGAGGAAGGUGUGGCAGACAUUAAGGAACAGGCUGAAAUUGAUGAUAGUGGAGAUGCAGCCAUGCAACAAAUCACAGAGAAACUCAAAGAUCUUUCCACUGAUGGCCAGCUUUCACAGACAUAUUCGGAUUCAGAAGAUGAAGGAGAGUGGAUUACCCCCGACAAUAUAGUGGAAGAAAUGCUGAAAGACGAAAAUGAACAAGUCGAAGCAGAAAAAAGUACGUUUAAAAUCAAAGUCGCUCUAGCAACCGGUGAUUUUGCUGUUCAAAAUGUUUCGCUUCAAAUGGGGUUGAACCUGAUGAAUGCAAUGUCAGGACUUCAGAUUCAAAGGGUGAGAAACUACAUGCUCAGGUGUCAUGCGUGUUUCACCAUGAUUCCAAUUCCAAAAGAUGGCACACCAAAACAUUUCUGUUCCUCUUGUGGAGGGGCGACUUUGCUGAGAUGCGCGGUUUCAGUCAACUCCAAGGGAGAAAUUGUUCCUCACUUGAAGAAGAACUUUGAAUGGCAUAGAAAGGGUGACAGGUAUUCUUUGCCAUCUCCGCUAUCUAAGAACUAUACGAAAAAGUAUGGCAAACAGGGAUACCAGCAUCGUGGAAAUCCGAACCUCGACAACAUUUACCUUCGUGAAGACCAGAAGGAAUACCAACAAGCAUUGAAAAAUGCAAAAUGGCAACUUCGACAAAAUGAGAAAGCAAUGCAAGAAUAUGUGGGUGGUGGAUCAGCGGAUAACUUUGUUUCUCCAUUUUUCACUGGAACUGAUCAUAUAAAACCGGUCAAUGUGAGAGUGGGAAGAGGGAGGUACGUGAAUUCAUCUCGAAGAAGAAAGUGA